AUGGGAGAUUCUGAUGAUUGGAUAGCCAGAGCAAAAUGGUUUCAGAAGUGUGCACCUGAUGAUUGGGAGACUAGCAAGCAUGAUUAUGUCAGACAAAUCAGGGAUUUAUGUAGGGAAAGUGAGGAAUUGAAACACACUUACAAGGAAACAGUUAAUUGGAAUAAUGUUGUUAAACCAUUGGAUAAAGAAUAUGUAUUUAUAAUGAGAAAAGACUGUAUAGGUGAUAAUAAUACUGUGAAUAAUGAUACAAUUAAUGAGGAUGUUGAUGAAAUCGAAAAUUUCACAGUGUAUAAUGAUGAACAACAGAUAGCCAUGCAUGAGCAGCUAAAUAAUGAAUGGGUGGGGAAAGAUGAGUGUGAUUAUGAUGCUGAUGACUGGGUUGAUUUUGCAAAGUGGCACCUGCAGUUGAUACCAGAGACCUGGGAGGAAGAAAAGUAUAGCUUUCCUAAAAAGCUAGGGGAUAAGGAUACUGAAUCUCUUAGUGAAGAGCAGGUGUGCACCAUGACUAAAGAUUAUGUACAAGAGACAGAGGAGGACUUGUUGACCAAAACAGAAUUGAAGCAUGAUUUUAUUGAAGAGGUGCAGGUGCACGCGCGCACGCACACUGGAGAGAAGCCGUUCCAGUGCACCGAGUGCGGUAAAGCAUUCACCCAGGUGCGCAACUACAAGUACCACGUGUCAGUGCACGCGGGCACGCACGAGUUCGCGGCGGUGUGUCCAGAGUGCGGCAAGGUGUUCAACAACGGCGGCUACCUCAGCUCGCACAUGAAGAUCCACCGCAACCGGAAAGAGUAUGCGUGCGCAGAAUGCGGGCGGCGCUUCAACCAGCGCGUCACCUGCAACACGCACAUGCGCACACACACGGGGCUGCGACCUCAUGUCUGCACUCUAUGUGACAAGGCCUUCACGCGCAAGACGCUGCUCAUCCAGCACAUGCGCACGCACACCGGUGAGAAGCCCUUCACCUGUGAGGUGUGCGGGAAGCGGUUCGCGGACCGCAGCAACAUGAUUCUCCAUCAGCGCCUGCACUCGGGCAUCAGGCCGUACAGCUGCGGCGAGUGCGGCAAGGCGUUCACCAAGAAGCACCACCUCAAGGCGCACAUGUCCUGCCACACGGGGCUGCGGCCGCACGCCUGCGACCUCUGCGGCGCUCGCUUCAGCCAGGCCAGCAACAUGCGCACGCACCGCAAGAAGUGCACCGCGCCGCGGCCUUCCGGCGGUGGUGGUGGCGGCGUCACGGCUGGGAAGACGGAGGUCAAGGCAGGCACGCUGUCGGUCUUACUGGCCGUGCACGGCCAGGAAUCCAGCCGCUGCCGUGUGCGGUCGCUGGUUCUCAAAGAAGUUGUUCCGCUGGCUGCUCGCGGGCCUGUUGCUCUCCCGGACCGGAAUCUACGGCACGUGGCUCGCGAGGAAGAGUUGUUAGCUAAAUGUCGUCGCUUAGGCCACCAACAGCAGGAGGGCGGCUCGUCGCUGGAAUGUCUUUGA